CUGAUAUGAUUUCUCUCCAAUGACCCAAAAGUCCAACAGAAAGCAUUCGAACAAAGCCAAUAACCAGAAUACUAAUGAUAAUUGUAAAGAUUCUAUACUACAAGUGGAACAGACAUAUGAAGAAUAUGAAGACAUAGAAUGGUCGGAAGCUUCUGUUCCUGUUGACAAUGCUCAGGAAGAAACCACUGCACAGGAGAGUAGAACGAGUUCGACCACGCUUAUAGAAUGUUCUAAAGAACAGUCAGCCACAAGUUCCAAAGUAAAAAGCCCAUAUAGCAAAGAAGAUAGAUUACAGGCACUACGAAUGCACAAGACCCAUCUACUGAUACUGCUUAGUUCUUUGAUGAAACUGAACGAAUUGGCUAGUGAUCCUUUGGUGAUAGGAAGUUGUCUCUCAGUGAUUCCGAGAGACUGUCUUUUGAGUGAAGAAGAAACUCAAGCAACUGUGGAGGAUUGGAAAGAAAAGUGUCGUCGUCUUGUUCUAUUUUGUUGUCAUUUUGUUGGACAACAAAAAAGAAUACUCAACUGCAAGGAUUAUGGCAACUAUAUGUUUUGGCAACCUUUUCAUAUUCAGCAGUGGUUAGAGUCACCAAGACCUGUGGCUUCCCUAUUUGUUGUUUUUGUAUGCGCGAUAUUUCGUGGUUUAGGAAUGCGAUGUCGUUUGGUUCAGAGUUUGAUACCGUUUCAAAGACAGCCUUGGUGGACAAGAGAUGAAGUUUUUAGAGAUGCGAGAAAGAGGAAUUCAACUGUUCAGCAUUCCAAUACCAACAACUUGUCUUGUUGUGAUGAUUCCUUUUGGUGGUUAUUUGCACCGUGGAUGAUGGAGUUGGCUUUGCCUGGUAGUUUGUAUUGCAAGGAAAUGUCUUGUCAUUCUUUAGAGUCACUUCCUUGUAUAUAUUGGUUGGAAGUAUAUUCUCCCCUAUUACAACGUUGGGUACAUAUCGAUCCUUUUCAUUUAUUGAUAGAUGAACCAAGUUGGGUAGAGUCCAGUUAUAAGAAAUGGAAAUGGCAUCCCUUUAGACAGCGAAUGAUAUAUCCAAUAUAUAUUACUGCGAUAGAAAAUGUACGAGAUGAUGUGACCAUCAUAAGGGAUGUAACUCUUCGAUAUAUUUCUCUUUCCAUCAUAAGAAAUCAACGACUGAAAGAUGAAUUUUGGGAGAAGACUAUGGAAGCUUUCAGUCAUACUCAAUAUCAACGAAACAUUAUUCAAUCAGAUGUAUGUAUCAUACAUGAAGAACGAGAAUGGGAAUAUUGGAAUAACAUGGAACCCAUUCCUAACCAAAUACAAAAGUUAAAAGGUCAUCCUCAAUAUGUUUUAGAAAUGCACCUAAAGAAAUAUGAAGCUAUUUAUCCCAAAGAUAGAAUAUUGGGUUAUUGUGGAGAAUAUCCAGUAUAUCCUCGUUCAAAUGUUCAUAUUUUACAUACGAGAGAUGGUUGGAUACGUGAGAUGAGACAAGUGUUGAAGGAUCAAGUUGCUUGGAAAAGAGUCAAGACAAAAAGAAAUGCAAAUCAUGAAGAAGGAACCGAAUUAUUUGGAAUAUGGCAAACUGAGCCUUUUACUCCUCCAUCUGUAGAGAAUGGAAAAGUGCCUAAGAAUAAAAGAGGACAGGUAGACUUGUGGAGUAAAAGUCAUUUACCACAAGGUUGCAUACAUGUGAGAUAUUCCAAUGCUGCCAUGAUAGCCAAACGCCUUUCUUUAGAUUAUGCACCAGCUAUGAUUGGUUUUGAUAUUCAUCAAGGUCGUUCUGUUCCUAUAUUGGAUGGGAUUGUGAUUGCAAAAGAAUAUCAAGAAGUUAUAGAGGAUGCUUGUAGACAAGAUUGCCAACACAAGGAAGAUGAACAAAUGAAACGAAGAUAUGAACGAGCACUUCAGUUAUGGAAGGCUUGUAUUCGUCAUGUCCAAAGUCAACUUCGAGUCAAACAAAAAUAUGGAGGUUUGUUACAAGACGACCUUUCCUAUGAAAAGGGAUCGAAGAAGAGAGCUCGCAUAUCAUUAGGAGAUAGACAAUCAUCAUCUCAUACAGAUGUAGCAAUACCAACCUCAACUGAACAUAUUCAUGAGUUUUCAGAAGAACAACUUUGUCAAGAAAAUGAUGAUAAUAAUAAUAAUAAUAAUAUGGGGCAUCGUUUANGAUAGACCAAUCCUAUGUUUUUGUUCCUA